CCCUCUUACACUGCAGUCAUUCCAACAAUCACUCUUUCCACACUUUAGCACAAAGCUAAAUAAUUUCCUAACACAAAAAUGGCCACCGCCACUUCUGUCCAAGAACUAUCCGGCACCGUGAGCAGCCCGCCCGAGAAAUACCUUCUUAAAGACGGGAUAGGCGGCCCCAACUUCCCAUUGCUCGCAGUUCCGGCCAUCGAUCUCAGUCUUCUCACUGCAUCAUCUCCUCAAGGGGAAAGGGAACUGGAAAAACUCAAGCUUGCUUUCAGCUCUUGUGGUUAUAUUCAGGUGGUGAAUCAUGGCAUGGAUGAUUCUUUCUUGGAUGAAGUGCACAGUGUUACCAAAGAAUUCUUCUCACUUCCUAUGGAAGAGAAAAUGAAGUGUGCAAGGCCUAAGGAUGAUAUUGAUGGUUAUGGAAACGACACCGUUUACUCUGAUAACCAGACUCUUGAUUGGAAUGAUAGAUUGUACCUUAAUGUCAAACCUGAUGCCAUCAGAAAACUCAAAGUUUGGCCACAAAAUCCCAAAAAUUUUAGAAAAGUGUUGCUGGAAUUUAGUGGUGAGCUUGAAAAGAUGAAUGAGGUGCUAUUGAGGGCAAUGGCUAAGUCCCUAAAAUUGGAGGAUGAAGAGUGCUUUGUGAAUCAGAUGGGGGAGAAUCAGACCGUGCUUUCGCGGUUCAAUCUGUAUCCGCCGUGUCUGAGGCCGGACGCGGUGCUGGCUGCGAAAGCGCACGGCGACGCCUCGGCCAUGACGUACCUCUUGCAAGAUAACAAGGUUGAAGGGCUGCAAACCCUCAUGAAAGAUGGCCAGUGGUACAAAGUUCCCAUCAUUCAUAAUGCUAUCCUCGUCAACACUGGUGACCAACUCGAGAUAAUGAGUAAUGGGAUAUUCGAGAGCCCAAUACACAGAGUUGUGACAAAUCCAGACAAAGAGAGGAUCACCAUAGCUAUAUUCUUUGGUCCUGACCCAACCAGCGAAAUUGGGCCUCAUCAAGGAUUAAUUGAUGAAAAGAGGCCCAAAUUAUUCAACAGUGUUGUGGACUAUACUAGUAACUAUUUCCAGUCUUUCCAGACAGGGAAAAGGCCCAUUGACCUUCUCAGACUUUAAUUAUGUAGGACUACUACUUAAUCAAGUGUUUAAUCACUCCUUCUAUGAUAAUAAAACACUAAAUAAAAUAAUCCAUGUAUGUGGCCUAUAUGUGUGAGUGAGUGUGAAUGUGUGUGUGAGAGAGAGAGACUAUGUAUUUGGUUAUUUUUGUUUUGGAUACUUCCUUCAUAAUAGAGUUUACUUGAAUAAUAAUAUAUGGAGUCAUUUUUAAUGCA